AUGGCUUUGCCAGCGCUGCCCAAAGUAGAACUUCGAGAACUGGGCAACACAGGCCUCAAGCUCAGCUGCGUCGGCUUCGGCGCCUCGCCUCUAGGCAACGUCUUCGGUCCCGUCUCUGAUGACGAAGCCAUCGGCUCCGUUCGCGAAGCCUUUCGUCGUGGCAUCAACUUCUUCGACACCUCUCCGUACUAUGGCGGGACUUUGUCAGAGAAGGUGCUUGGUAAAACACUAAAAGCUCUAGGCGUCCCAAGGAAUGAGUACAUUGUGGCAACCAAGUGUGGGCGCUAUGCUGACGGUUUUGAUUUCAGUGCGGAUAGAGUGACUAAGAGCAUUGAUGAGAGCUUGGAAAGGUUGCAGCUGGAUUACGUUGAUAUACUGCAAUGCCAUGAUAUUGAAUUUGGGUCUCUAGAUCAGAUUAUCAAUGAAACCAUCCCUGCCCUAAAGAAACUCAAGGAAGCAGGGAAGAUUCAUUUCAUUGGUAUUACAGGACUUCCAUUGGGAAUUUUCACAUACGUUCUCGAUCGGGUACCACCUGGCACAGUGGACGUGGUUCUGUCAUAUUGCCACUACGGUAUUAAUGAUUCAGCUUUGGAGGAUUUAUUACCAUACCUAAAGAGCAAAGGUGUUGGUGUCAUUAGUGCUUCUCCACUUGCUAUGGGCCUUCUAACCGAGAGUGGUCCUCCAGAAUGGCACCCAGCAUCUGCUGAAUUGAAGUCUGCGUGCCGAGCUGCUGCUGUCUAUUGUAAAGAGAGUGGGAAGAACAUUUCAAAGUUAGCUAUGCAAUACAGUUUGUCCAACAAGGAUAUCUCUUCAGUGCUUGUUGGCAUGAACUCCAUUAAACAGGUUGAGGAAAAUGUUGCUGCUGCUGUGGAGCUUGAAACUGUUGGGAAGGAUGAAAAAACUCUAGCAGAGGUUGAAGCUAUUCUGAAACCUGUGAAGAACCAGACAUGGUCUAGUGGAAUCCAGCAGAGCUGA